GGCAACGUUUCGCUAUCAUGGAAGAGAAGUGUAUUCUGGCAAUGGUGAUGCGUAAUCUGAGAGUACGUUCGUUACUUCGAACUGACCAAAUGCGCGUUGCAGCCGAACUCAUCAUCAGACCUCUCUAUGGCAAUCGCAUAAAAUUUGAAAAGAGAUCGUAUGGCGAUUACACGCACUGCAGCGCUUGAAA